CCAAUGUUUGGGAUGGAUUGUAUACACCUGUGUCCAUGGAGGGGAUUGGAACACCUGAAUCACAUGAUAUGAAGGGGAUUGGAACACCUGAAUUACAUGAUUGGGAGGGGAUUGGAACACCCUGAAUCACAUGAUAUGGAGGCGAUUGGAACACCUGAAUCAGAUGAUUGGGAGGGGAUUGGAACACCUGAAUCACAUGAUAGGGAGGGGAUUGGAAUGCCUGAAUCACAUGAUAGGGAGGAGAUUGGAACACCUGAAUCACAUGAUAUGGAGGGGAUUGGAACACCUGAAUCACAUGAUAGGGAGGGGAUUGGAACACCUGAAUCACAUGAUUGGGAGGGGAUUGGAACACAUGAAUCACAUGAUUGGGAGGGGAUUGGAACACCUGAAUCACAUGAUUGGGAGGGGAUUGGAACACCUGAAUCACAUGAUUUGAAGGGGAUUGGAACACCCGAAUCACAUUUGGAGGGG